AUGUCCCCAACCAUGAUCGAUCUGUUGAUUGCCCUCCUGGUCCUCCUCUUCGUUUCCCUCCUGCUGGUCGGAGCGCUGUACUUCCUGCGCAAGAUCCGCAGGAAGCGCGCCAUUGCCCGUCAAUCGCUUCCCCUUCACAAUGACACCAAGUCAAACGGGCACCGCCGCCUCACCAUCACCGCAACACCCUACGGCCGUAGCUCCACCAUCUCAAUCUACGAUGAGAAGUCCUCGAUGAUGAGCAGCCCACGGUCACCACCUUUGUCCCCGGACAACGUCCCUGAAAUCCGUAUCACCUUCCCCGAUGAGCAGGACGAGUCUGGCCAGAGAAAGGGUGGCCGCGUAGUCGUCGUCCGAGUCGGCGAGACGGGCGUUGGUCUCGAGCCUUUGCCAGAAGAUGAGCAGCUGCCUGCGUACGAGAAGGAGGGCGGACAACGAUUCCACUCCAUCGACAUGGACCGGAUCGGGGGCUUGAAGGAAAAGAACGAAUACUCAUAG